GAAUUGAGUAAUCUGAAAAUCGAAAUUGAGGAAAUGUACGAUACCUUUAAAGAAAACGAAAUGGAUGAAUUUCGAGAGAUACAAAAGGAAUUGGACAUUGCCUCUAAAAACUGUCGAAUUUUACAAUUCAAACUGCGAAAAUCAGAACGAAGAAAUGAAGUCAUUGAGAGUGAAAAAGUCAAUGCACGUGAUCAUAUUCGAUGUUUAGAAGACGAACUGAAACAUGCAAAGGACGUGCAAUCUCAACUGAAUGACGACAUUGACCUAAUUGAGGACAAGAAAUCGAAAGUAGAAGAAGAAAAUCGUCAAUUGACUGAAAUCUUAGAGCAGGCCGACAAGAAACAAUUUCGAAUGGAAAUGGAUAUUGAUAGAUUGAAAGAUCAGGUAAGCAUGAGU